CUGCGCUCCUGGACUACAGCAUGUUUGCAGGAAGACCAAGCUGCUGCUGCUGCUGCUGCGAGCUCCACUGCGCGUCUGUGCCUUUAAACACUUUGUGACCGCGUCUCUCUCUGAGCCCGCAGUGAACUUCCCUCAACUCCGACGCACUCUGCGAGUACACCAGAGCUCCGUUUACUAUCCAGGAACUGGCUAACCUUCACAGCUAGACCCAUGGAAUUAUAACUAUGGAAUAUCACUGGAUACUGCUGUCCGUCUUUCUACAGUUAACCUUCCGGCCAGGCGACACAAAGCCCACCAUCACCCCCGCAGACCCCCACAUCGUCGUCAUGCUCAACAAACCCUUCGAGCUGCGCUGUCAGGGCGAGAAAGCGAUGCAGUGGCAGCGGGAGGACCGGCUGAGGGUGCGGGGCGAGAAAAAGAUCGACGGGAUGUCAACGCUGCACGUCUCCAGGGCUCAGCCCGUUCACAUGGGACGCUACAUCUGCCUGGAGGAGAGUUCACAGGAGCAGACCUCCAUCUACGUCUACGUCAAAGAUCCUGACAAUCCUUUCAGAAAAUCGAUGGUGUUCAAGAUUCUCACUCGUGUGGGAGACGCUGCUUCCAUCGCCUGCCUGGCAACUGAUCCAAGUCUGGACAACCUGCGCCUGGAAACAUGUACCAGUGCAGCCCUGGCCUCUGGUCUCCAGUUUUCUGCGAGCCUGGAGCAAGGCAUCACCAUCCACAACCCCCAGAAGGCCUACGAGGGCUGCUAUGUGUGCACAGGGCAGCUGGGGGAGGAGCCGGUCAGGUCACAUAACUACUACCUAACUGUUAGACCAGUCCCCACCACUCGUCCUGUGAUUGAGCUGCUGGCGCCCAAACGAGUCAUUCUCACUGGAGGGGAGAAUCUCUCCCUCACCUGUAACACCACUAACGUCAACGGAGAGAUCAAGCUGAAGUGGGUCUCCCCGCUUGGCUCGCAACCAGCAAAGGUUGAUGUUGCUUCACGUAUCACGACGGAGCACUUCACGCAUGUCCGCAGCGGCACCUUGCACAUCACAGCGGUGGAGGCUCGAGACACCGGGAGUUACCGAUGUGAGGCGGAGAACGAGAAGGGCGUCAGCUCGCAGUCGUUGUGGCUUGAUGUUUGCGAAAAGGGAUUCAUCAAUUUUACAACUACACAAAACAAAACCAUCCAGGUGCGUUCAGGGGAGAGUUUGUCCCUGAAUGUUGACUUGGAGGCUUAUCCGAAGCCGCACACUUUCUCCUGGAGCUUCACGGGCCGAGAGCUGAUGAACACGUCGGACCACGUCAUCACUACACACAGCCACGAGUAUAGGUACAGCAGUGAGCUGCGUCUGGUGCGACUUAAAAUGUCCGAAGGCGGAGUCUAUACCUUUAAAGCCUCUAACCGUGAUGCAUCAGUAAACCAAACCUUCUCCAUCUUUGUGAUCAGUAAACCUGAAAUUGUGUCACAUGAUGGCCCAGUGGAUGGACAGGUACGCUGUGUGGCGGAGGGGUUCCCUGCCCCGCAGAUCACCUGGUACUACUGUGAGCAGCCAUAUGUUAGGUGCUCCCAACAGGUGAAUGCCACCCAGGAAGAGCAUGUCAUCACCAUCACCCUGUUCAGCCCACGCUUUGGGAAGACAGAGGUGGAGAGCAGGGUGAACAUCAGCAGAGGACGCUUCAACACUCUGGAGUGUGUGGCCACAGCGGAGGGAGAGCAGGCCUACACACUCUUCUCUAUCAGCGAGAGAACUGUUCCACAUGAUCUGUUCACCCCUCUGCUAAUUGGCUCCGUGUCAGCAGCGUGCAUCCUCUGCCUUGUCCUUAUCAUGCUCUUCUACAAGUACAUGCAGAAACCCAAAUACCAAAUCCAGUGGAAAGUUAUCGAUGGCAUCCAUGGAAACAACUAUGUGUACAUUGACCCCACCCAGCUACCGUAUGAUCACCAGUGGGAGUUUCCUCGAAACAAUCUGCGAUUUGGGAAGACGCUGGGAUCUGGUGCAUUUGGGAAGGUGGUUGAAGCGACUGCAUAUGGCCUCUCGAAAGCAGAUUCAGUCAUGACGGUGGCUGUGAAGAUGCUCAAAUCGAGCGCUCAUGCCACAGAGAAAGAGGCGUUGAUGUCAGAGCUGAAAGUCCUCAGUUACUUGGGAAACCACAUGAAUAUUGUCAACCUGCUGGGAGCAUGCACUGUUGGAGGACCCACACUGGUGAUCACAGAGUACUGCUGCUUUGGAGAUCUUCUUAACUUUCUCCGCAGGAAAAGGGAAUCCUUUAUCUGCUAUAAGCUGGAGGAAGAUUACUACUACCGCAAUGUCAUGCCGCAUGGAGAAACAGCUGGUGACAGCUUGAACGGCUACAUGACCAUGAGGCCUUCUGCUGCUGGCAACAUGCCGUCCGGCUUCACAGAGAAGAGACGCUCACUACACAAAGGUGGCUCCUACGUUGAAGCAGAUGCACUGAGUGAGAUGUUCGACGAGGAUGGUCUGUCUCUAGACACUGAAGACCUUCUCAGCUUCUCGUACCAAGUUGCCAAAGGCAUGGAGUUCUUAGCAUCCAAAAAUUGUAUCCACAGAGACCUGGCUGCAAGAAAUAUCCUCCUGACUCAGGGAAGAGUGGCAAAGAUCUGUGACUUCGGCCUGGCACGAGACAUCACCACAGACUCCAACUAUGUCGUCAAAGGCAACGCUCGUCUGCCAGUGAAAUGGAUGUCUCCAGAAAGCAUCUUUGAGUGUGUGUACACAUUCGAGAGUGAUGUGUGGUCCUACGGCAUCUUGCUUUGGGAAAUCUUCUCACUAGGAAACAGUCCUUACCCCGGCAUGCCUGUGGACGCCAAGUUCUACAAGCUGAUUAAAGAGGGAUACAGGAUGGAUGCUCCUGAGUUUGCACCCAGUGAAAUGUAUCAGAUUAUGCGGUCGUGCUGGGAUGCUGACCCCUUCAACAGACCCCCCUUCAGGAAGGUCGUGGAGAGGAUUGAGCAGCAGCUGUCAGAUGCCACUAAGCAUAUUUAUCUGAACUUCAGCUCCAGGAUCCCUUCGACGCCCAGAGCCAGGGAGGAGCCGGGGUCUCACAGCUCAGCUCCCACUCAUCUCCACUCGGCUGGCGGUAACAGCCCAGCGACGCAGCCCUUACUGGUCCAGCAUGAAGUCUUCCUGGAGGGCACAAACCUCAGAGCCCAGCGGGUGUGAGGACCAACCCGACCUGUUUGGCUGCCUCAUAAAGUGCCUGUGAUGUUCAACUGCAAAACCACCAAAACAAUUCACCCGCCCUCUGCUCCGGUACCAGCAGCAUCUGUUGAAACAUGUUGUAGACGGGGACGUUCAUUUUCUCUAUACGCAACAGAACAA